GGCGCUCCCCAACCUCGACUUCCCCGUCCUCUCGUACAUCGACAGCCUGUUCCGCCCAGGAGCCGACCCGGAGGACCACCCGGUCGACACCUUCAUCCGGCCCCUCCUCGCGUCCGAGUCGGUGCACCCGGUCCCGCACGACACGAUCGAGCGCAUCUGCGCCGAGGCGCAGGCCCAGUGGGACAAGCUCACGGGCGCCGACGGCGCGGCGGGCAGUGGCGGCGCCGGCGGCAGCGGCACCAAGGGCCCGGCCAAGCUCGACCAGGCGCUCGACAUGAAGCGCCAGGAGCUCAAGAGCCGCAAGCAGGCCGUCACCCAGGUCGUCGACAUUGCCUCGGUCGUCAAGGCGCGAGAGACGCAGGUCAACAUGAAGGCGCUCGAAAAGGCCGAGGCCAAGCUCAAGAGCAAGCUCGAGAAGCGCAACGCCAAGUCGCUGUACGAGGGCUCCAAGCUCAUGGAGGCGCAGAACAACAAGAAGAGCUACGAGGAGCUCUUCCUCGAGGUCAACCCGCUCAACGCCGUCGGCCAGAGCAAGGGCAAGAGCAAGGACAUCCAGCUCGAGAACAUCGACCUCAACUUUGGCUCGCACCGCAUCCUGUCGAGCGCGACGCUCACGCUCCCGUACGGUCGUCGCGCCGGCCUUAUCGGUCGCAACGGUGUCGGCAAGUCGACGCUCCUGCGCGCCAUGGCCCUGCGCGAGGUGCCCAUCCCGGGCCACAUCUCGAUCCUGUACGUCCAGCAGGAGGUCGUCGGCGACGACACGCCCGCGAUCGAGAGCGUCCUCCAGGCCGACGUGCACCGCACCCGCCUCAUGGCCGAGGAGAAGGAGCUCAACGAGCAGAUGGAGGUCCUCGAGCGCGAGGGCGACGAGCUCGUCAAGCGCGGUGCGGCCGCGACGGCCGACGACGAGCGCACGGCCGUCCACGGCGAGGUGCGCAAGCUCGAGCGCAAGAAGGACGACGCCAUGGCGCGCCUCGGCGAGGUCCAGCGCCUCUUGAUCGACAUCGACGCCGACUCGGGCCCGUCGCGUGCGGCGGAGCUCCUCGCAGGUCUCGGCUUCACCAAGGAGGACCAGGACAUGCCGACGCGGGCGUUCUCGGGAGGAUGGCGCAUGCGUCUCUCGCUCGCUCGCGCCCUCUUCUGCAAGCCCGACCUUCUUCUUCUCGACGAGCCGUCGAACAACUUGGACCUGAACGCGCUCGCGUGGCUCGAGGACUACCUGCAGACGUGGCCGUCGACCCUGUUCGUCGUGUCGCACGACCGGUCCUUCCUCAACGCGGUCGCGACCGACAUCAUUCACCAGCACGCCGAGCGCCUCGACUACUACAAGGGCAACUUUGCCCAGUUCUACGCGACCAAGAGCGAGCGCGCCAAGCAGCAGCGCCGCGAGUACGAGAGCCAGCUCCAGUACCGCCAGCACCUGCAGGCUUUCAUCGACCGGUGGCGCUACAACGCCAACCGUGCCGCGCAAGCGCAGAGCAAGAUCAAGAUCCUCGAGAAGCUGCCCGAGCUCACGCCGCCCGAGGAGGACGACGUCGUCACGUUCAAAUUCCCCGAGACGGACAAGAUCUCGCCGCCGCUGCUCCAGCUCGCCGACGUCGACUUUGGGUACCACAAGGACCGCGUCCUCCUCAAGGGCGUCAACAUCGACGUCGGCCUCGACUCGCGCAUCGGCCUCAUCGGCGCAAACGGCGCCGGAAAGUCGACCUUGCUCAAGCUCCUCAUCGGCGAGCUGCAGCCGAUCCGGGGCCAGCAGACGCGCAACGGCCGCCUCCGCAUCGCCUACUUUGCGCAGCACCACAUCGACUCGCUCGACCUGACGGUCAACUCGGUCACGUACUUGCAGCGCAUGUUCCCCGGCAUGACGGAGCAGCAGUACCGCCAGCACCUCGGCGCGUUUGGCAUCACGGGCAUGACGUCGCUGCAGCUCAUCGGCACCCUGUCGGGAGGGCAAAAGUCGCGCGUGUCGUUCGCCGUGUUGAGCAUGCAGCGGCCGCACAUCCUCAUCCUCGACGAGCCGACCAACCACCUCGACCUCGAGGGCCUCGACGCGCUCAUGGACGCGCUCAACCAGUGGAACGGCGGCGUCAUCCUCGUCUCUCACGACAGUCUCUUCAUCCACACGGUCUGCAAGGAGCUCUGGGUCUGCGGCGACCAGCAGGCGCAGAAGUUCUAUGGCGACGUCGACGAGUACAAGAGCCUGAUUGUCAACGGCAAGCAGACGAUGCGGCCGACGCAGGUGUAGAGCCGGUAGACCGAGACGGUGUUGCAGUGGAUCCGCUCGCACGCGAG